AUGGUUGGGCUGUACUACACAUCAUAUCCCGUACCGGUGGCUCAAACUUGUCCCGCAUGUAACCACGGCUUACACCACACUCGAACUCGUCGUACGGCGCAUCUGUGUGGGAUCCCGAUUCUUCCCGCAGGUCAUGAGGAUGAUCUUCUCUGUAUGCAAUGUGGUUGGAUCAGGCCGCUUCCUCAUGGAAAAAACGUCUAUUUUCCGGGCAAACGAACCUAUGCCCGAUCUUGGGGUUCUUGGAGAACACACAGUCGGAAUCAUUACGAUCGAAGAGAGUUAUGGACCACUCGGUUUUGGCCUCAAAGAAGAUGGAGGUAUCGAUAUCGCUGGCCGUAA